AUGUCCGAGAUAAAGCGAACCAUGGUUGAAGCUGUGUGCCACUUUGGCAAGUUGCGCGGGGACAUGAUGCGCAUUAUGGCCCCCCAUCGGCAGCACCCGGGGCCAGGAAUUUCCACUUUGAAAUCCUACUGGCGAGGUCUCCCGCUCGGCUUUGGAUGUGCAGGCGAUCCAGCCGAGCUCCUCAACUCCCCACCCAACCCUUGA